AUGGCUUCAGUCCAGACUAACCCAGAGAUGCCCGGCCAGGGCCAGCUCCCGGCAAACAUCACCCGCGAGCAGAUUCAGCAUGUUUUCCAGCGCUAUACUGCGAUGAAACAACAAGGCGUCUCCGAGUCCAAUCCCGAGUUCAUCAAGGCGCGCAACCUCCUUACAAUGGUUCAGAAGCAGAACCAGUAUCAGCAGCAACAGAAGAUGCUCCGACAGCAGCAGAUGCAACAGCGUCAGCAAGGCCAGGUGGAUCCACAGGCUGUGCUACAAAACGGCGCUGCCACGGGCAUGCUCAAUGGUGCAAAGCCAGUUGCGCCUGUUGACGGCAAACCUGCCGUAUCUACGCCAGCCUCGACCGGACCAACGUCUACAAUGCAGAUUGCAACUGCUGGAGGACAGGCUCCUUCAGUCGAUGGGCAGACACCCACAUCGGCCAACAAUUCCUCAAUGGCACUGUCCAAAGACCAGCUUCUGAUGCUACGUGCUCAGAUUGGAGCCUUCAAACACCUCUCCAAGGGUCUCCCUCUGCCUUCAAAUAUGCAGCAACAAAUCUUUGGCCACCACCAGGCAAAGAAACCUCAGAAUGCUGCUGAGGCUGUGGCAGCUGCUUCUCAGAUGCUCGACAACGCGACUCGUGCCGGCAGCACCUCAAGUGCCGUGGGCGGCGCUGUGCAAGAGACUCGUACUCUGCCUCGUCUUCCGGAUACUUUCAUCGACCCCUGGAGUAGUGAAGUCUUCCGAGACGUCAACUACAUCUCCCACACACAGCGCAAGAACCGACCUUACCUUGCGACAAUCAUGCCACAAGGUGUCGACAUCAACGCUGUACAGCAGAGCAUGGAAGAAUUGCGCAAGGAGCGUGAGAUCCUUCUCUACAACCGCCUUACGGCGAGAAAAGCAGAACUGGAGAAGAUGCAUGCAAACAUCGGCUCAUGGGAUACCAGCAAGACCGACACUCCCGAAGAUGACGGAAAGGUCAAGUUGGCUCUUGUUAUUGAGCAGAAGAAACUGAACCUGCUCGAGAAGCAACGCAAACUGCGGAGAGAAAUCGCCCAGCAAAUGAUUCACGCAGACAACCUUGCCAUGACUGCGAACCGAACCGUUUACCGCCGUCUCAAGAAGCAAUCGAUGCGCGAAGCCCGUCUCACCGAGAAGCUCGAGAAGCAGCAACGCGAUGCGCGCGAGACCAAGGAAAAGAAGAAGCACCACGAGUUCAUCGAUGCCAUCCGGAAGCAUCGCACCGAGCUGCAAGAAUCUGGCGCAGCUCAGCGAAUGCGUCUGCAGAAGCUCGGCCGUACUAUGGUUUCGACACACCAGAACAUCGAGAAGGAAGAACAGAAGCGUAUCGAGCGAACGGCCAAGCAACGUCUGCAGGCACUCAAGUCCAACGACGAAGAGACUUACCUCAAGCUCUUGGGCCAAGCCAAGGAUACUCGUAUUUCACACCUUCUCAAGCAGACCGAUGGAUUCUUGAAGCAGCUUGCCAACUCCGUCAAGGCGCAGCAGCGAUCUGCAAACAACUCAUACGAGCCUGAGGAGGAGAGCAGCAGUGAGGAAUCCGAUGACGAAGACCGACCGGGCAAGAGAAAGACCGACUACUAUGAGAUUGCUCAUCGCAUCAAGGAGGAGGUCACUGAACAGGCCACCAACCUUGUCGGAGGUACACUCAAGGAAUACCAACUCAAGGGUCUGCAGUGGAUGAUAUCUCUGUACAACAAUAACUUGAACGGUAUUCUUGCAGACGAAAUGGGUCUCGGAAAAACUAUUCAGACAAUCAGUUUGAUCACAUACCUGAUCGAGAAGAAGCGACAACCUGGACCUUACCUAGUCAUUGUCCCCUUGAGUACGCUUACCAACUGGACCAACGAGUUUGAGAAGUGGGCGCCAAGCGUUAGCAAGAUCGUGUAUAAGGGUCCUCCAAACGCGCGAAAGCAGUACCAGCAACAGAUCCGUUGGGGUCAGUUCCAGGUCCUGCUCACUACUUACGAGUUUAUCAUCAAGGACAGACCGAUUCUUAGCAAGAUCAAGUGGGUUCACAUGAUUGUCGACGAAGGUCACCGUAUGAAGAACGCUGGUUCCAAGCUCAGCAUGACCAUCACACAAUACUACUCAACGCGGUAUCGACUCAUUCUGACAGGUACGCCCCUGCAGAACAACCUGACGGAACUUUGGGCUAUGCUUAACUUCGUUCUGCCUACCAUUUUCAAGUCGGCUACGUCGUUCGACGAGUGGUUCAACACGCCAUUUGCGAACACUGGAGGUCAAGAUAAGAUGGAGCUCACUGAAGAAGAGCAGUUGCUCGUUAUUCGUCGUCUGCACAAGGUUCUUAGGCCUUUCUUGCUCCGACGUCUGAAGCGCGAUGUCGAGAAGGACCUCCCGGACAAGACCGAACGUGUGAUCAAGUGCAACUUCUCCACUCUCCAAGCGAAGCUGUACAAGCAACUCGUCACUCACAACCGCCUCAUGGUCAGCGAUGGCAAAGGUGGAAAGACUGGUAUGCGUGGUUUGAGCAAUAUGCUCAUGCAACUGCGAAAGCUCUGCAACCAUCCUUUCGUCUUUGAAGAGGUUGAGGAUGUCAUGAACCCCACAAAGGGUACUAAUGAUCUCCUGUGGCGUUCGGCUGGUAAAUUCGAGCUUUUGGAUCGAAUCUUGCCCAAGUUCCAGGCUACUGGUCAUCGUGUUCUCAUGUUCUUCCAGAUGACGCAGAUCAUGAACAUCAUGGAGGAUUACCUACGGCUUAGGGGCAUGCAGUAUCUGCGGUUGGAUGGUGCGACAAAAGCAGACGAUCGUUCGGACUUGCUGAGACUGUUCAACGCGCCUGAUUCGCCCUACUUCUGUUUCCUUCUCUCCACGCGUGCUGGUGGUCUCGGUCUCAAUCUCCAGACUGCUGACACCGUCAUCAUUUACGACUCAGAUUGGAAUCCUCACCAGGAUUUGCAAGCGCAAGAUCGUGCCCAUCGUAUCGGUCAGAAGAACGAGGUUCGCAUUCUACGUCUGAUUACAUCCAACUCGGUAGAAGAGAAGAUUCUCGAGCGAGCCAACUACAAGUUGGACAUGGAUGGCAAGGUCAUUCAAGCUGGUAAAUUCGACAACAAGUCUAAAGAUGACGAGCGAGACGCCAUGUUGCGUAUCAUGUUGGAAUCUGCUGAAGCAGCCGAAAGCCUCGAACAAGAGGAAAUGGACGAUGACGACCUGAAUCAGAUCAUGAUGCGACACGAGGAUGAGUUGGCGAUAUUCCAGGAAAUGGACCGAAAGCGUAUUGCCGAGGAUCCUUACGGUCCUGGUAAGCCUCUAGGUCGUUUGAUCGGCGAGAGCGAACUGCCGGAUAUCUACCUGAACGAAGAGGCACCCAUCGUCGACGAAAAGGAUGACACGCCUGCUGGCCGUGGUGCUCGAGAGCGUACACGGGUCAAGUAUGACGACGGUCUGACGGAAGAGCAGUGGCUGGAGGCUGUUGACAACGACGAUGAUUCAAUAGAAGCAGCUAUUGCCCGCAAGGAGGCGAAGAUGGCCAAACGGGGUAGGAACAAGGGUGGACGGGGCGAUGAGGAGUCGCCGGCACCAUCACGCGCCAGCUCCGAGGAGCCUGCACCCAAGAAGCGAGGCCGUAAGCCAAAAGCCGAGAAGCGCAAAGCAGAUGAAGCCUCACUCGACGUUGAACCCACACCACGGAAACGCGGACGACCAGCGCCUAGCAAAGACAUGUUGCAGCCUGAUCAGCGAGCAUCUCUUCAAAAGAUUGUUAACGUCGUCUACGAAGCGCUUAAUGAUCUCGAAGAAGAGUCAUCAGAUCCCAACAUUCCAAAUCGUGGCAUCAUCGACCCCUUCAUUGAGCUACCAGACAAAUGGGAUUAUCCAGACUACUACCAACUGAUCAAGAAUCCCAUCUGCAUGAAGCAGAUUGAGAAGAAGAUCAACAAGAAGGAGUACCAGUCUGUCAAGCAGUUCCGUCAAGAUCUGGGCUUGCUAUGCAAUAACUGCCGGACCUACAACGAGGACACAUCACUGCUGUUUGCGGAUGCCAAUCUCAUUGAGCAGACUGCGCUCGACAAGCUGAAGGAGGUGACGGCAGAGUAUCCAGAAUGGCAAGAUUAUGAUGAUGGAAGCAGUGUUCAGGGCGGCCUUAGCACGGCAAUGACGAGCGCGGUUGGCACACCGCGGGCUGGAGUUUGA